UAUCGCUCCUCGUUUCUUGUUUCCCUCUUUCUACCAUCCCUCGUUUCAGUAUUGUUCUCAUUUUUGGUUCCCCCCCACUCGUUGAUCGCUAUAUUGUCUUGGAUUCUUUUCCCCUACUACUCUACUACCUACUACUACUAUCCCGCUCCCCACCCUCAGGCCAUGAGUGUCCACUCCUCUUCUUCCCGUCCCGACGCUGCCUGGGACGACGACUGGGAGCAACAGGCCGAUAAACUAGCCACAGAACCGUCCCCACCCCCCGAUUCGGCCCCGACCCUGGAAAAGAAGGUGUCCUCCAAAGUCACCAAGGCCCAACGUCGCGCGCAGCAAGCCGAGUUUAAUCGCCAACUAUGGGCUGAAGCUGAAUCCCCGCAGACGUUCCACUUCCUCGAAACCCGCUCCGAUGUCCCCCUCAAGCAGGAUAUCAAACCCGCCGUCACCCUCCUCAGUCGCAAUCCGCCCCCGCUAGUCACCCGCCAGUCCUCUUCCAGAGCCGUAGAUGCGGCCACCGACGGCGUCGGACGCAUGGGGUUGGGCGUCGACGACGACUCCGAGGAUGAGAGACCCCCCGAGCCGACCCCCGAGGAGCGCCAUGCCAUUGCGCUGAAGAACCGCGAGGAAAAGCAGCGCAAGUAUGAGGAGGUGCGCGAGAGGCUCUUUGGAAGCCCCUCCGCGACCACAUCCGGCGCGUCCUCGCCCCGCAGCGCCACCCCGCCGAAGCAGUUUGAGGGCAGAGGGAAGGGGAGGAGUCGCGGCGGAGCUCGGGACAACCACAGUGUCAGCAGCGGCAGUAACAGCAAUACCAACAAUCGAGAGAAAAGGGAUCAGUCGGCGGCGUCAGGCAAAUCGAGACAGCUCUACGACCCCGGAUCCCCGGCCAAAUCGCCCUCAAAUCACGGACCGAAGGACAGGCCGCUGACCACCCGCAAUGCGAAUGAAGCGGCCCCCCAACAACCGUAUCGCACCCCUCGUGGACCCGACGCGAGCGGAAGUGGCGGGUUCCGAUCUCACCGGGGUGGACGAGGGGGUUAAACUACAGACUACGCUUCCAACAGGUCCGUGGACACGGAUACAUGGGCCCAACUCGGGUCUGUUUAAUUUCAGGGGUAUUCUCA